UGCCGUGGCAGGCGGCAGUAGAGGUCGAGUUGCUGUCGUACAGACAGGCAGACAGGCGAGAACGUGUACAACAAGCGCGGAAGGACGAGUUCACACAACCAGCUAAAGAAACGUUCUGUCUUCACGAGCCAGUGAAAUAUAACAGUGUCGCCACAAAUUUACGUAAUUUUAUGUAAUUAACAUAAAGCUUCCUCAAAACAGUGGAUAUGUCACGGUUUUCUUCGCGUAAUAGACAUUGUUCAAACGGUUACUGCGUUAAUUUAAUUAUAAAUUACGUCUGUUAAUGAGCAGGAUAAUAAUAAGCCUACUACUACAAUUUUGUUCUCGUGAAGAACCCAAAACGAUGAAUCUAACUUGUAUCACAAGGACAUCACACGUCACAGCGAUUAUAAUUUAUAUUGCUUGUUUGAUUGGUUGUUCUUCUGGGCUAGUGAACAGAGGGGAGCCCACAGUUAUAAAUUCCAUUCCUGGAGAUACAAAUGAUGGACAAUGCGAACGUCUAGAGGAAGAAGUUGGUAGGGCGGAUCGAGACACGGUGGUGGAGGACCCGCCACGACUCACCGGGAAAUGGGUGUCAGAGGGAUGUGAGGUGCGUCCGGGUCCAGAGUUUCUGAUGAGAAGCUACACCUUUAUGAGGAACCACACUUUCCGCCUACUGCAGUUCCACUACGGGGACGAGUCGUGCACUCUGGCACUCUACACUCUGACGGCCCGGGGUCGCUACCGACUACGGGGCCGCUCCUGGGUGACGCCCGGGGCAACCGAGGCUGAGUACACAUUGACGCGCGUUACCGUCACGGCACACAGUGCUGAGGUGGCCGAGGAGCUGGCCGCUCGCGUCAACACCACGUGUCCCGGUCAAGUGCGACGGCGUUGGAAACCUUACCGCGACUACGUAGUGCUCAGCCUGCCCGAGGAACUGGCCCCAACCAACAACCAGCCGCCCUUAGUCGGUAGUACUUAUCAGCGGAGAAAUGCGGCGUCUUCCAGUGCUCUGGGUCGACACCAGCUGCGGAUGAUGCUGACUGAUGAUAUGGACUGCCUUUCAGCGCUGCAUGCUGUAUUUCACGAACUUCAGUUAGUGCGAAUUCAACGCAGGCCGAGAGGUCCGCCGGAAAACCGCCACCCUAGACAUGAGCUGCUACUAGGGGAUGUGCAUUCUCGCCCCGAAUUCAGGAACACUUACCGACCGACUGCAUUUCAGAUCCCUCUGCUUCGUGCUGAUCAGGUACAUGGCUGUCACAUCUGCUACGAGGUAUCGCGGUGCACAGAGAGGUCUCCUCCUCACCUGUUGGCGAAGCCACGGUUGCCCGCGUACCUGGCUGGCGAAUGGGUCAGUGCGCGUUGCGAGACACGGCCACUGGGUCUCUUCCUCACCCGCCGACUUCGCUUCCAUGUCGGCGAACGGACGUGGCGCGGGGAGUACCGUUUCUAUUCCGACCCUGCCUGUUCCGUGCCGACCUUCACCGCCGCUGCGUCAGGCCGCUACUCCCGCAGCCCAACCACCUCCAGCAAAGUAGAAGGAGGCACCGAGUUCGACUUCAGGGUCGAACACGCUUCUCUCACAAUUCUUGAUAGAGGAAUGGCUGAGAAUCUGCAAGGUGACUCUCGGUGUGUUCCCGGUGGUGUCUGGAAGGUCGGAGUGCCCAGGGACUUAACUCCGUCACGUGGGUGUGCUCCUCUGGGGAUCAUUGUCCCCAGCACAGAGUACGAAUUGGUACGAGUUGAAAUGGACGCUCAAGGAAACCAAUUACUGCUAAUGGGACAACCGGAUACUGAUAACCGGAAGAGAGGACCUAGAGACCGUCCAACUGCAUACCAACUGCCGCUCAUUCACUGUCGAAGUCUACCACAUUUUUCGCCUAAUCACCACCAUUAUCAUCAUCCGGAUGAUGACUUCCAUGACAACCAUCUCUUUCCUGUUUCUCACGCAAGAGUAGAUCUGAGGUCUUCUUCAGCAAGACUUACAACUAGGUGCACAAGUUCCCUGGCAUUCUUAACAAUUCUUCUUACAGCAAGGGCAAUAAUCUCUGUGUAAUGAACGAGUGUCUGCAUUGGUGUCGUAGAAAUGCAGAAUUGCAUAUGGAAUGCAAAAAUAAAGAAAAUAAAUAUUGUGUCGUGAAAACAGCUAAUUUUACAUAGUUCUGUAGUGGGACUCAGCGUCUGUAACAUUUCUUAUGUACCUUUUGUGCUUCUAGGUUUAUACGUCUGACAAUUACAGUAAACCCUCGAUUCAACGGAUUUCGGAUUUAAUGGUCAUCGUCCGUAUUUGACGAUGAAUACAGAUAUCAGCAACCCGUGAUUCCUUCCACAUUUUGGGUUACUCUUUGCUUUUGAGCUUUACGAUUUCGUUUAAUUUAACCCUAAAAAUGCAAAUGACAGUUUUUUAUGUAAACAUACUUGUUUGAAAAGUGUAACCAUCAAAUUCUCGUCAGCUCACUACUUCGAGUUGAUCUUUCGGAGGAAUAAAUACCUGUGUAGGACUUGUGGUUUUCACGGAGGUGAGUCUGAAGAUUGCUGUCUUCGAAUAAAUAGCUCUUACCUUCCACUUCAGAAAUGCAUUCCCUCUAGGGUUGAGGGAAAUCGUUGAGUCCAAUUGACAACAAAACAGGAAAGGGUAGUCAUUUUGAAACGAGUGAAUGGGAUUCCCGUGAUAAAGAGAAGGUAGCAGGACCAGAAGUUUCAUCAUUGGUAAUUCCAAACCCCAUAAUUGGACAGACUCUGAGCCAACUGUAAAAGCUACUGAACAAAGAAUGUUCUAAGGCGAAGGAUGACCACAAAAUUCCCAAGCUGGUAUACGACCACUUGUUGGCUGCCUACAACAACGUAUUUUACCACGGAAAAUAACAGCAGAUUAAAUGAAUGAAUUACUAGGGUCGACUUAUAUCGAAAAUCUCACUGUUCUUUGAAAUAUACAUAAAGAUGUCCCGACCUUUACAGCUGCAACUUCAUCAACAAACGUAUUACACAUCCAUAUAAUAAACUGUACACCCUGAAUAUGCAUGAUAUACGUAUGUCAAGAUUAUAUGUGGAAAUGGCAUUAUUAAUGUUAUGAAUAUUUGUGAUAAUUUGUAAUUUAAUGUCGAUAUAUAUUGUAUAAAUUGAAAUGUUGAGCUCAUAAUAAGGAAACACUGUCGUGUGAAAUUCAAGAUAAUAUCAAGAUAUUAUUCUUACGAUUCUUACUUUCUGCGAAUCACAAAAUUGUUAUACACAGCAACAUUGUGCACUAUCAGCAGACUUCAGAAGUCAUUAAUUUUAAUUUGGUGCACAUCUUAUAAGAACAGUUCGAUAACAGUUAAAUUGAAUUGCCAGUAGAAUACUAAAGCUGCUUAGAAAAUGGGACAAUAAAUCUGUCAAAAAAUAAUGACUAUAAUCACUUUUGUGUACUUCUGCAUCAGUUUUCUAAACAGUAAGUUUUAAUUAUGACACCCUCUGCUGGGUUCACCGUUUAGAGCACAAGGCCAGGUGAUGGGUAAAGAAAAUUUCCGUAUGUUUUUUUUAUAAUUAAAUGAAUCUAACGUACUGAAAUAUGCAGCGCGUUCCUAGUCUCUGAGUUUUCAACAAAAAUUUUAGCGAAAAUAAAUAUUAUACACCUUCUUUUCCGUACAGUUUGAUGAGUCGUAAAAUGUAGGCCUACCUUUGUGGCGUGUAAUAGUAAAGAACACUUUUUUAUUGCAGUUCAUGAAUUUUCAUAUGAAUUUCUUAAAGUUAAAUGUAAUAGACCGUCGAUGUAACAUUUGUACUAGUAUGUUAGUUGUUCUGAUAAUCCUAGCUAAAUCGUCUCUGCUACAGUAUCUUUUUGUGAUAAACUUCUAUGAUAAGCCUGUAUUAUAUAAGGAUUUCAGAUAAUUCUAAGAUUUAUUUCCAUUUACAGGGUAAUUAAAUAUUGUAUAUACCUGCAAUUUGUACGCUUGCAAACAAGUUUUAAUAUCGCUAGUUGUACUUAAGACGUCACCUCAUCACAACAAAACUAAUAUAGAAACAUAAUAAUAAAGAUAACGGUGACCGUAACUUUGUGUAAAUGUGACAUAUGUUUGUGUUUUGAGUGUCUUUAGUAGUUGAAGUAAACACAGAACCUCUACGAACUUAUGGCAAAGGAAGUGGUCGUGGCCUAUUUAUUUCAUUGUCUAGCAAGUGCAUCGAGGGAUUGAGACCAGCCCUGCGAUCACCCAGUUACCUAUCCAUUGAGUACCGAAGCAUGAAGCUCGCUACUCACAUUACCCUAUUUACAGACGUAUAGACUGCCACUGUGUGGAGACACCUCCUCAAGUCAAGGGUGUCCCUUUGCUGGGUGAUGCUUAAACACAUGAGUGUGACGGGGUGGAAGGAUGUAAAGUUUAGAUGCUGGUAAUUGAAUGUACGUAAAUGUUUACUCACAGAACGAAGAAAAUGAAGAAUAAAAGACGUUUACUUCCUG